AUGAAGUUCGUCGCAAAACGUAUUGAGCCAUGCGCUGGUACUCCAGUUCACAUCCUAACCUGCGGCCACACCGUCAGCGCCUCCUUCCUUCACCCAACAAAGUCCUCCAAAUGCGCUCCAAACUGUAAAGCUGUAGAUCUAGUAACGGCAGCUGAGCCGUGGUUUCUAUGCCCGAUAUGCUGGGAGGCUAUUCUCCACGCCCAAUUCGACAUCUUCAAGAAUCGCGCUCAGCACGUGAGUGAGAUAGACAAGAUGGGUGAGAACGACAUAUACACUCAGCACAAACAACAGGGUGUGAUUGACGACGAGAACACUUUUCUACAAUGGCAUAAAGUACAGUCUGGGCGUUCAUCUUUCCAAAACGCAGUCCAAGCGACGUACAAGUCCAAGGUAGACAGUGAGGGAUUCCGUGGUUGCAAAUUGGUUACCGUCUAG